AUGAACUGGUUCAAUUUAGGAAUUAAAAUCAUAAAAAAAUGUCCAGAACAUUUGCUUUCUCCAACAAAUGUCUCCUUUAAAAUUAAUUUUCAGGUUCCCCAUACAUUCCAAGUUCACAGCUAUAAACGUCCCACAGUCUGCCAACAUUGUAAAAAACUUUUAAAAGGGUUAAUACGUCAAGGACUUCAAUGCAGGGACUGCAAAUACAAUUGCCACAAAAAGUGUGCCCAACACGCAGCUAAAGAUUGUGCUGGAGGGUUAUCAGCAACAUCCCCCUUUAAUUGUCAAUUGAGUGAUCGAGGAAUGCAAGCGGGGAGUGAAGAAAUACUAAAUGACGAAGAUUUAACUGCAACAACAACUUCAACAAAUUCUCGUUUGCAAAAGCCUUGGGCUCAAUCAACUCCGAGUGCUCCCCUUUCCAGUACAGAGAAGGAAAAUACUAGCAGCAGCAGCAAAACAGGAAAAAUCAGACAACAACAAAAAGAAGAACAACAAAAGACAAUAAAUACAAUGACUGAUUUAGAUGAAGAUGAGGAUUUAAAUAUUGCUAAAGAAAGUGCAAAUAUUCCAUUAAUGCGUGUCGUAAUGUCCAAAAAACAAACAAAAAGGCCAACAACAAAUAGGGCACUUAAAGAAGGAUGGAUGGUGCAUUAUACGGAAAGGCAUUCUAUGAGGAAAAAGCAUUUUUGGCGAUUAGACCCUAAAGCUAUUACUAUGUUUAAAGAUGAGACAGCAAGUAGUUAUUAUAAGGAAAUCCCAUUGAGUGAGGUCCUAGAAGUUAAAAUAGCACCAGGCAUAGAAGAAGAUCAUACAGAGUUGAGCCGCAGUCCAACACACUUUUUUGAGAUUAGAACCCAUACUUCAACUUAUUUUAUUGGUAGUCCUCAACAAUUAGAAGAUUCUUCAUCAUCAUCCCAACUUUCGUCAACAUCAGAAAAAGUUUUCUCCCCAGAAAAACAAUUAAAAACAGCAAUUGCCAACGCUUCCCAAUGGGCCCAAGCAAUAAAACAAGCAUUAAUGCCCGUAACCCCCCAACAAUCAAACAACCAACCUUCUCUAAAUUUUAACAAAGAAAGAGAAAUAUCAAAAAAUGGACAAAAAGAUUUACAAAAAAAUUCUAAACAAAUAAAUCAAACAAAUAAUGAAAUUGGGCAUUUGGGUGUUCAAAUACAAAGUGAACAAGAAUUCUCUCAACUUUAUCAAAUAUUUGCUGAUGAAGUUUUGGGGUCUGGACAGUUUGGUACUGUUUAUGGAGGUAUUCAACGCAAAACAGGAAAACAUGUAGCCGUUAAAUUAAUCGACAAACUUAAAUUUCCAAGCAAUAAAGAAGCUGCACUUAGAACAGAAGUUGAAAUAUUACAAAAAGUUAGGCAUCCAAGUGUUGUAGAAUUUCAGCAAAUGCUUGAAACGCCUGAUAGAAUUUUUGUUGUUAUGGAGAAAUUAAAGGGUGAUAUGCUUGAAAUGAUACUUUCUUCUGAGAAAGGAAGGCUUUCAGAACGUAUUACUCAAUUUUUAGUUCAUCAGAUUUUAAUUGCCCUUCAAUAUUUACAUAGCCAAAAUAUUGUCCAUUGUGAUUUAAAACCAGAAAAUAUUUUAUUAACUUCCGAUUCUGAUUUUCCACAAGUUAAACUCUGUGAUUUUGGUUUUGCAAGAAUAAUUGGAGAACGUUCUUUUCGACGUUCUGUUGUUGGUACUCCAGCCUAUUUGGCACCUGAAGUUCUUCGAAAUAAAGGAUUUAAUAGAUCUUUGGAUAUGUGGUCUGUUGGUGUUAUUGUUUAUGUAAGCCUUUCUGGUACUUUUCCAUUUAAUGAAGAUGAAGAUAUUAAUGAUCAAAUUCAAAAUGCUGAAUUUAUGUAUCCCCCCAAUCCUUGGAAGGAAGUUAGUGCUGAAGCAAUAGAGUUUAUCAGUUCUUUAUUGCAAGUUAAAAUGAGUAAAAGACUUACUGUUUCUAAAUCGUUGGCACAUAUUUGGUUACAAAGUUAUCAGCUUUGGUCUGAUUUGCGAUUGCUAGAAAAAGAAGUUGGCGAACGCUUUGUAACACAUCCUAGCGAUGAUCAACGAUGGAAGGACCAUGAAAAUGAACGGGGAAUUACUCCAGUCUAUUGA